AUGGCCGAGCUCCCAUCGAACGUGCACCUCACCUUGCACCCCAUGUACCUGAGUAUCUGUGGACCCUGGGUUUAUGAGGAUGAGAACCACCGCACAUGGCUGCAUCUCAUCAUAGAGACAGGAAGUGUCCUGCAAGUACUGUUGCGCCAGGUUGACUAUCCCAGUGAGCAUAUUGCACUCACCACCAGCCUGAAAACCUCGCACACCAUGCCUUCGAUGUGGACGCUGCACCAUGACAGCCAGUACCUGGACUCCAUGGGCCGGUUAUGGCGCAUCAUGCAGCAUGUCGAGGAUGACAUGGAAGUAAUGAUCCUUGAGCUGAUAGACAACUCAUAG